GAUAUCGGAUGGAUUCUAUUCUAUGGGGGGAGUUUGGGGUCUCUACUCCUCUAUUGCACACGAAUCGGAUGUUGUCGUCCACAGUUUACCCCAGACUCCACAUCUCGGUGUAAUUCGACCGGAUGCUAAGAUUCGGAAUGAGAUUACUGAUUCUGCGGGGGAUCCAGCGUCUCCUUCAGUCUGUCGGUCAGGUUUAAAUAGUAGACAGUAGACUCAUGAUUUCAGCCACCAGACCACGAAUCAACCAAAACAAGUAUCCAAAUGAAGCUCACGGCGGUAUUAAUCAGUCUUAUCCCCCAGUUGCUCUCCGCAGCCGCUCUCCAUGCUCCCUUCAGUGUCUCCGGAAGGUGGAUUCUGGACGCCAAAGGCUCCCCCGUUACGUAUGCCGGCGUGAACUGGCCUGGGGCUGGGGAAGUCAUGAUCCCCGAAGGGAUGCAGUACGCCUCAAUCCAACACACGGUGUCCAAGAUCAAGAGCCUAGGGAUGAACGUGAUCCGUCUUACCUUUCCCAUCGAACUCAUCGACGAUAUCAUCGACAACCGCAGGGACACAACCGUCCAGGAUUCCUUAAUCAACGCCCUCGGGCAGACGAAUGGAACGGCAGUGUUUAACCAAAUCCAAUCCGUCAACCCCCAAAUCACACGCCACACCACAAGACUCCAGAUUUACGACAUGGUCGCCCAAGAGUGCAACAGACAGGGAAUCUACGUCCAUCUCGACAACCACAUCUCCAAGGCAAUGUGGUGCUGUUCAACCACGGACGGAAACGCCUGGUUCGGCGAUACCUAUUUCGACGUGGCCAAAUGGAAGCGCGGUCUGGAAUACAUGGCUUCGCACGCAAAGGCGUGGCCGAAUUUCGUUAGCAUCGGUCUUCGAAACGAGCUGCGUCAACCCGCAACAUCGACCCCGGAGUAUCCCUAUGGGUUCGAAACUUGGUAUGCGGAGAUGACCUCGGCCGCGAGGGCCGUCAACGCCGCGAACCCGGAGGCUUUGGUUUUCCUCUCCGGGCUGAACUACGAUACUGAGCUUGGUCCUAUUGCGACCGCGUCGGACCUGGGCCAUGGAACGCGCUUUUAUUUAUCGGAUUUCGACUUUGCGGAUAGGCUUGUUCUGGAGCUGCACGACUACAACACCGGAGCUACCAGCUGCGACUCUUUGUCCGCGAGCCUGCGCAGUACCGGAUUCGACGCGUUGGAUGCUUCCGACUCCUCCAUCGUGAACGUUAUGCCCGUGGUCCUUAGCGAGUUUGGAUUCAACCAAGACAACACGACAUGGGAGGGUGUGUAUGCAAGUUGUAUUCGCCAGUGGAUUCCCGAGCAGCACGUCGGUUGGAUGGUUUGGACGAUAUCUGGAAGCUACUAUAUUCGGCAAGGCACUCAGGAUAUGGACGACACAUGGGGUAUCUUGGAUCAUACAUGGUCUGACUGGAGAUCUCCCGAGGCUAUUGAUCAAGGACUCAAGAAGAUGGUAGAGGCCUCGAGUUAACCAUAUAUGACUGUCGAAAGUGAAACGAUAUGUAUAUAUGCGCUUGCAGCAAUCUCACAUGAGGUAUUUUGAAUCUGUUUAAAGGGUAGCGAAAGCACAAUUCAUGAAAUCCUAAUUACUGCAACAAAUAAUCGCGCCCAGAGACAGAAAACGAAGACAGC